UUUAACUUUCUAGUUCAGUGAAAUAAUUUUUGGACACCCUAUGUAUAUUUAUAUAUACACACAUGACUAAUACCAACACUGAUUGAAAAACAGAUCGGACUCUUAGGUACGAUUAAAGUUCAGUGCGAAUAUUGAUAUUUUCUUAGUAUCACCCUAUAAAUUAUACAGAAUCUCCUAGUGAUGUGUUAGCGACGAUCCAAACGUCUAUCCUGUCUUACACUGUGUCACUUGUUAAAAGAACUUUAAUCGAAAGAUCGGAAGGAAACAGUUUUAAACACAUGUAUCAUUUGACGUUUUAUUCAAUUAUUUUCUUGAUCUUUCAAUAAGCUAGAUUUGCGCGAAUUUUCAUUCCUUUUUCUACUAAUUCUUACUUACAAUAGUACAUUCUUGUUGUUUCAUCUCGAUUCGUGUCAUUGUAGACGCUGCAAAUUAAAUUCAACAAAUAAGUUUUAAGAUUCAUCUUUAGUCUUCGUUGAAAAAGAUUUUAUUUUUAUUUUUUUAAAUAAAAAGUAUGUUUAAUUGUCAUUUUUUCAAAAAGUUAUGCUUUCAUCACUAAUACAACAAACGUGUGUGCAUCUAAUUUCAAAAAUUGAAUCUAAACAUUUGUUGAACAAUUUCAUGAGAGACUUUGAAGAAAUCUAUAUGGUGAAUGUUAUCGUUCCAACUGAAUGCCAACGAGUGUGAUAUAACUUUGAAUGGUCAACGAGGAAAAGAAAAGAAACGUGUACAUUUGUGUUAAAAGUUAAUAUACCAUCUGUUUUGAUCAUUUUGUAGAAGAGAAUGGAGGUAAUAAACAUAGUGGAGUUUGAUAACACCGGAAUUGUUCAGAAUACAAAAGCUGAGAAAUAUAUUUCAGGACAAGGCGAUGAAUUAUCAAUAACUAAGUCAGAGCUUCAACCUUUAAAUAAACGGGACGAUGACGAUGAUAUCGUUUACGAAGGAACAACACAUUUGGUACGAGUGCCACGCACGAAGGAAACGGAAUUAUCCUUUGAAACCUCCUCGAUUAAAAUUCACGUAGACGGAAUGAGAUGUCAAAGUUGCGUUAAAAAUAUCGAGGGGACCAUUGGAAGUCGUUCGGAUGUUGUAAAUAUUAAAGUAGAUUUAAAUGAAAAACUUGCUAACAUUGAAUAUAAGACUGAAGAAACAACACCAAUGGAAUUGGUGGAAGCUAUUGAGGAUAUGGGGUUUACUGCCUUCCUAAUAUCCGACGACAAUGAUAAGCAUAAAAAUGAUAAGAAACCAGUUGUUACAACUUGUUUUAUACAUGUCAAUGGUAUGACGUGUAUGUCCUGUGUUAAAUCCAUCAAAAGUGCUUUAUCAGAUAAACCAGGCGUGAAGGAAGUAGAUGUUAGCUUAGAGAAAAAGGAAGCUAAAGUUUCUUACAUCAUGGAGGAUAUAACUCCUGAACAAAUAGCAACGUUUAUUGAAGAGACUGGCUUCGAUGCUUCCGUUAAAAAUGAAAAUAAUUCUGUUAGCUUGACAAUGGAAAGUAAAAAAACAAAUGGAGAAAUCAAUAUUAAAUUAAACGGAAGUGGAGAUGUUAAUACCGUAACACGUACUACCAAAUGUUUUCUACAUGUAACGGGCAUGACUUGUGCGUCGUGCGUUUCUGCGAUAGAGAAACAUUGUAAAAAAAUAUACGGUGUACAUAGUAUAUUGGUAGCUUUAAUGGCUGCCAAAGCGGAAGUAGUCUUUGAUCCGGAUAAAAUAAAAGCUAUUGAUAUUGCUUCCAGUAUCACUGAGUUAGGAUUUCAAGCAACUGUGAUCGAUGAAGCUGGAUCUGGCGAAGGGGAAGUUGAAUUAAAAAUCUCAGGGAUGACGUGUGCUUCCUGCGUUAAUAAAAUAGAAUCUACUGUAAAAAAGUUACCUGGUAUACACUCUGCGUCCGUCGCAUUGGCGACGCAACGUGGAAAAUUUAAAUACGAUGCCGAGAUCAUGGGAAUUCGUGAUAUCGUCGAUAGUAUUAAUAAAUUAGGGUUUACAGCUACUUUGUUCAGUAAUAAAGAUAGAGAGAACAGAGAUUACUUAGAUCAGAAAGAGGAAAUAAAGAAGUGGCGAUCAGCUUUUCUAAUAUCUUUAAUUUUUGGAGUACCCAGCAUGUUAAUAAUGACUUAUUUCAUGUUAAUAAUGUAUGUGGAUGAUAAAUCGCACGAAGAUAUGUGUUGUAUAUUGCCUGGUUUAUCUUGGGAGAAUUUAUUACUUUUCAUUUUUUCUACGCCAGUUCAGUUCUUUGGUGGAUGGCAUUUUUAUGUUCAAGCUUAUAAGGCUUUAAAGCAUGGCACUACCAACAUGGAUGUCCUUAUUUCCAUGACUACAACAAUAUCUUAUCUUUAUUCUAUUGCCGUACUUACAGCAGCUAUGAUAAUGCAAGAAAAUAAAAGUCCACAAACUUUCUUUGAUACUCCUCCAAUGCUGUUAGUGUUCAUUAGUUUAGGUAGAUGGCUCGAAUAUGUUGCUAAGGGAAAGACAUCAGAAGCUCUUUCCAAGUUACUUUCUUUAAAAGCAACUGAUGCAGUUUUAGUAACGUUAGGUCCAAACAAUGAAAUAUUGUCGGAACGUUUAAUAAAUAUUGAUCUAGUUCAACGUGGUGAUAUAUUAAAAGUUGUACCAGGUGCUAAAGUACCUGUCGAUGGUAGAAUAUUAUCAGGUCAAUCAACCUGUGACGAAAGUUUGAUAACGGGUGAAAGUAUGCCAGUGCCAAAGAAGAAAGGAUCUAUGGUUAUCGGUGGUUCGAUUAAUCAAAAUGGACCGUUAUUAAUUACUGCAACUCAUACAGGAGAGCACACAACAUUAGCACAAAUUGUUCGAUUGGUUGAAGAAGCACAAACUAAUAAGGCACCGAUUCAACAUUUGGCUGAUAAAAUAGCUGGUUAUUUUAUACCUCUCGUUAUAGUUGUCUCAGUUAUAACAUUAAUUACGUGGAUAAUAGUAGGAUACAUCAGUGUAGAUAAAUUACCUCUGACGCACAAUGAUCAGAUGCAUAAAGAGUAUACAAAAAGAGAAGAGAUUAUAUUCCAAUAUGCUUUUCGAAGUGCUCUAUCUGUAUUGGCGAUAGCUUGUCCUUGCGCGUUAGGUUUAGCUACGCCAACAGCUGUCAUGGUUGGAACUGGUGUUGGUGCAUUGAAUGGUAUUUUGAUAAAGGGUGCCGAAUCUUUAGAAAAUGCGCAUAAAGUCAAAUGCAUUGUAUUUGAUAAAACUGGCACAUUGACGCACGGUGUACCUAUGGUAACUAAAAUAGCUCUGUUUGUAGAUGAAAAAAUAUGUUCCAUAAUAAAGUUACUGGUAACAAUAGGUACGGCUGAAAUCAAUAGUGAACACCCUAUUGCAUCAGCAAUCGUUCGUUUCGUGAAGGAAACUACAGGUUCGGAAUCUACUGGACAGUGUACUAAUUUUCAAACGGUUGCUGGCUGUGGCCUAAAGUGUAAAGUAUCGCACUUUAACACAGUAAUAUCCGAUGCUUUGAAGUCUGAAAAAAUAAUCAAUUAUAUGAACCAAACGAAGAAAGUAUCUUCUGGAACUUUUAAUCUGAACAAUGUGCCAAUAGAUAUUGUACCUUUUGUUGCUGCCACACAAGAGAAACAAAACUUAGAUCUGCAAUUAUUAUUGACUCCUGAAGGUAAUAGUGAUCAAAUAGUCUCGAACGAGACAUAUGAGAUUUGUAUUGGUAAUAGAGAAUGGAUGAGAAGAAAUGCCAUUAAUAUACCUCAAGAAGUUGAAGCACAAAUGGUGACCGAAGAAGAUCUUGGUCAUACUGCUGUCUUAGUUGCUAUGAAUAAUAUUUUAGUUGCUAUGAUCAGCGUAGCUGAUACAGUUAAACCCGAAGCACAUCUUGCUAUUUAUACAUUGAAGAAAAUGGGCUUGCAAGUAAUCCUUUUAACGGGAGAUAACAGAAAGACAGCGGCAUCAAUUGCUAGACAGGUUGGUAUUACCCGAGUUUUUGCCGAGGUUUUACCGUCGCAUAAAGUUGCGAAAAUUCAACGACUGCAAGAUCAAGGCUUUAGGGUUGCGAUGGUAGGAGAUGGUGUUAAUGAUAGUCCAGCACUUGCACAAGCAGAUAUUGGAAUCGCAAUAUCUUCGGGAACUGAUGUUGCUGUGGAAGCAGCAGAUGUUGUAUUAAUGAGGAAUGACCUUUUGGAUGUAAUCGCUUGUCUGGAUUUAUCUCGAAGAACUGUACGCAGGAUAAGACUUAACUUUUUAUUUGCUAGCAUAUAUAAUCUUUUGGGAAUUCCAAUAGCUGCCGGUAUAUUCAGUCCAUUUGGUUUCUUUUUAUUACCAUGGAUGUCAUCUGCGGCGAUGGCACUUAGUUCGGUAUCUGUGGUUGGAAGUUCUUUAUUAUUAAAAUUAUACAAAAAACCUACAAAAGCGACAUUAGAAACACCAGAAUACUUAGCAGCAAUGCAGGCACACUCAACAGCCAGAAUGAUUGAUCUCGAUGCAAUAUCUCUUCAUCGUGGAUUAGAUGAAUCAGUAAUGCCAGUACUAAAUAGAACAACAUCAUCUCUUUCAAGGCUUUUUGGAAGGACAAGAAGUGAAAUUGAAGGCAGACUACUUGGUGAAGAUAUGGAUGAUACUGAUUUAGCUAUCGAUUUCCGUGAUUAUCGAAAAAGCAAAAAGGAUCUUACUAAUAUAACACCUUUAUAAACAUUAUAAUGAUGUAAGUUUAAAAGCCACUGUUAUUAUUAUUAUUAUUAUUAAUUUUAUAUAAAUAUCCAUUAUAUAAAAGUUUCACGUUGUACUUAACAUAUUAUAUGAAUAAUUUAUUUAAAACAUUUUAUAUUACAAGACAACCAUGUGUAUAAGUUAAAGAUAUGAUAUUUGGUCAUAUAAAAAUUAUUUAACUUUUUUUACGAUUUAAUAGACAAUAAUUUAAGGAGUA